AUGGGAUGGAGUACGCGAGGUGCAGGUCGAAAUUACGACAGCUUGAAUGGCUUCGGUGCCAUUGUUGGUCACCGUAGCGGAAUGAUUUUAGAUUAUUCAACAUGUAAUCGGAUGUGCAAAAAAUGCAAUGCAACCGAUCAACCUCCGGAUCACGAUUGCCGCAAAAAUUUUGAUGGUUCGGCGAAAGCUAUGGAGCCUCACGUCGCUAAGAAACUCAUUGUCAAUAGCAGCAUACUUAGGGCCCAAAAUGUAGAAGUGGGUGUACUCAUAGGAGACGAUGACAGCACAACCAAUGCAGUAUGCCAAGCUGCCAGCAAACAUUCCAUCGUGAAACAAUCCGAUAUGAACCACACAUCAAACGGCGUCAAAAAAAGAUUAUACACGAUUCAAAAAAACCAUAAAGAACUUACAAAAAACUGCAUAACAUAUCUCCACCGGUGCUUCACGUACGCUAUGUGUCAGAAUAAAGGUAACAGCAGAGCGAUGGCUGAUGCAGUCCGUAACAUUCCGUACCACGCUAUAAACGACCAUAGUAAAUGUGGCCAUUGGUGUGGUUUCAUUCAGGACAAGGAAAAUUACGAGCACAGAAUCAUUCCAGGAGGAAUUCGGGAGCCGGGACUGUUCGAGGCACUUCGAGAAAUCUUUGACAAGCUGGCCAAUAAUGCCGUAAAAUUUUCAGCGGGUGCAUCGAGUAAUACCAACGAAAGCCUAAACGCAACUAUGGCUAGCAAAGCUCCAAAAUCUCGAUGUUACAGUAAAACUGCGUCCGCCGACUUCCGAUUCGCUUGCACAGUUGGCCAGAAAAACAUCGGGGAAGGAUACACGCAAGCGAUACUGAAAAAGCUGGGCAAAUCGCCGGGCAAGCACCAUUCGCGACAUGUUGCAGCGUCACAAAAAAUUCUCCAAAGGCGACGGCAAUUGAUGAAGACAUCAGCUUACAAGAAACGACGUAUGCAUUUGAAAAAGCUGCGGGCGGCUUUACAUCAUAGAAAGGAAAACGUCGAAGGCAUCACUUAUCAGAGCAAUGUCGAUCUUUUAAAUAAACUUGCAGAGGAAGACAAGACAGAUCUAGAGGAAGAAGACAAUAAUGACAUUGCUAUUGUUCUAUUAGAUUUAGAAACAUCCGGCUUCGAAAUGAAUUGCGACAUCCUCCAAAUUGCCGCAAAAUAUGGCAAAAAUUCGUUCGAUAUUUAUGUUAACCCGGUUCAAGAUAUUUCUGUGAGUGCCAGUCAGGCGAAUGAUCUAACGAGCUGUUACGGAGAACUCAUGUACAAUGGUCGACAAGUUCCAUCUGUGCCGAUAAGAGCUGCGUUGGGAAGCUUACAUGGGUUAUUAGAAAUAGUACUGGUCGCAAAGGAAAAGGGGCAUGCUCAAUUAGCGGAUUGGCAAAUGCAUUGA